AUGUCACGGCAAGGACAAAAUCAAAAUAGAGGUAAUAAUAAAAGUCAAAAUAUUGUGAAUCAAAAUCAAAGUCAAAAUUCAAAUCAAAAUUUAGAUGAUGUAAUUAAAGAUAUAAGAGGUAAAAUCGAAAUUGAACAAAAUAUUAUACAAGGUUAUCAAGACGUUAAAAAGAAUUCUCAAAAUUCUGAAGUUAUUCAAAAAUGUAAAUCAAAAAUUAUUGAAUCACAAACUUUAAUUGACUAUUAUCAAGAAUCUAUCAAUAAAUUAAUUAAACAACUGCAAAAAUUAAAAUCAAGAUCAAAUAAUAAUUCAUCAGAUGAUAGAAGUUCUGUUAUAUCUGAAUAUAAACCAAAUUAUUCAAGAUUUGAUUUAAUUAAAUAUGAAUGUCCUUCAUUAGGUCAUAAAAUUCAACAUAUGAUUCAACAAUUACAAUUUAAAUUACAAGUAGAAAAUCAAUACAGAGAAGCUAAUCAAAAAAUUUCUCAUUUAUAUUUAAUGGAUGGUGAUAAAUCUUCAUCAAAUGCAGCAGAAGGUGGUAAAGCAGAAAGUGAUCAAAGAAUUCAAUUAUUGGAAAAAGCUUUGAAAAAAUAUCAAAAUUUUAAUAUUAAUUCUGAAGAUUUUAAUAGAAAUUAUGAAAUUAUGGAUAAUCCAAAACAUGCAAGAAAACCUUUAAGUGGUAAAUUAAGUAUUGGUAUUACUUGUGUAAGAGAUGUUGAUCAUAUAGCUACUGCAGCUUUUAAAAAAAGAGAGACUGUUAUUAUAGUUAAAAUUGAUGAUGUUGAAAAAGCAAGAACAAAACCUUCAAAAAAUGACAAUUGGAAUGAGGAAUUAAUUAUAAAUGUUGAUAAAAGUCAUGAAGUUGAAUUAUCAGUAAUGGAUAAACAAGGAUCUUUAUUAGUUCCAAUUGCUGUGAAUUGGCUUUCAUUAUUUGAUUUAGCUGAAGAAAUUCGUAAGAAGAAAGUAGCAAAAGAUCAAGGUGCGAGUGGUUGGUUACCAGCUAGUAAUCUACCUCAAACUAAUGGUGCAGGUAAUGGUUAUCAAGGUCCAAAUGAUGGUUCAAAUUUACCUUUACCUUAUCAACAACAAAAUAAUAUUUCGCCAUCAAGAUCCCCCAAUAAACAUGAUUCCAAUGGUGAUCAUAAUGACAGUAACAACAAUCAAAAAAUUUCAGUUAAUACUUGGAUAAGUUUAGAACCUUGUGGACAAAUGCUUAUUAAUCUUAAUUUCGAAAAAUCAAUAUCUCAAGGUAAACAAUUUAGAGGUCCAUUAGGUCGUCAUGGUGCUAUUCGUCAAAGGAAAGAAGAAGUAUUUGAACAACAAGGACAUCAAUUUGUACAAAAACAAUUUUAUAAUAUUAUGUGUUGUGCACUUUGUGGAGAAUUUUUACGUUAUACUGGUUUCCAAUGUCAAGAUUGUAAAUUUUUAUGUCAUCGAAAAUGUUAUCAAAAAGUUGUUACAAAAUGUAUUUCAAAAUCUGGUGCAGAUUAUGAUGCUGCUCAAUUGAAACAUAGAAUACCUCAUAGAUUUGAAGCUAUUACAAAUCAUGGUACAAAAUGGUGUUGUCAUUGUGGUUAUUUAUUACCAUGGGGUAAAAAAAAUGCAAGAAAAUGUUCGGAAUGUGGUGUAAUGUGUCACGCUCAUUGUACACAUUUGGUACCUGAUUUAUGUGGUAUGUCAUUACAAAUGGCUAAUGAAAUUCUCGCAACUAUUAAAUCAACGAAAGUAUCACCAAAGAAACCAAAACAAAUUUCACAAGAAACAUCUUAUGGUUCAUACGAAAAUAAAGAACAAUUACCUUAUCCAACAUAUCAACAACCACCAACAAAGGCAUUACCACCUAAACCUCCAGUAAAUACUAAUCCUUCCUUGGAUUCAACUAUAUCAUCAAAAAACUUAUCAGAUGAUGAAGCUGAGAAAGAUUAUGAAUCAAAAUUGCCAACAACAACUCAAAAAUCAUAUCAACAACCAAUGACUGAAUCAUAUGAUCCAACGGGAAGAAUGAAUAGACGUCGUCCACCUGUUGAUGAACAAGUUUCAUCCUCACAAUAUGAAACAGCCCAUACACCAGAUUCACAACAACAGUAUGAUCCUUACGGUAGAGAAAUUGAAUCACAGAAAUCCCAAGUUCCAGAAAUUGCAAUUACAGGAGAUGAAUUUAAUAAUUUUGAUUAUCACAAUCAAAAUACUGAACAUCAAAUUAUAUCUCAAGAAGACACCAAGGAACUUGUUAGUCCAUUUAUUGAUCAAAACCAACUGAAACAACAACAACAUCAACAUCAACAAGCAAUUCCCGAUUUACAAAACCAAGUCGAUCAAAUGCAAAUUGAUAAUCAAGUUGAAACAAGACCACAGCAUCAAAAGAAUCAUUCAUCAGCUACUACUACUUCCAUAGGUGGUAAAUCAAGUAAACAAAAACGUCGUAGAAGAAAAGUUGGAUUAGAUGAUUUCCAAUUCCUUGCAGUGUUAGGUAAAGGUAAUUUUGGUAAAGUUAUGUUGGCAGAAUCAAGACAUACAACAAAAUUAUGUGCUAUAAAAGUUUUGAAAAAGGAUUUUAUUGUUGAAAAUGAUGAAGCAGAAAGUGUCAAGAGUGAAAAAAGAGUAUUUUUAACAGCAAAUAAACAAAUGCAUCCAUUCUUAUUAAAUUUACAUUGUUGUUUCCAAACAGAAAAUCGUAUAUAUUUUGUAAUGGAAUAUAUUUCAGGUGGUGAUUUAAUGUGGCAUAUACAAAAGAAUAGAUUUAGUGCAAAAAGAGCUAAAUUUUAUGCAUGUGAAGUAUUAUUAGGAUUAAAAUAUUUUCAUGAUAAUGGUAUAGUUUAUCGUGAUUUAAAAUUAGAUAAUAUUUUAUUAACAACAAAAGGUCAUAUUAAAAUUGGUGAUUAUGGAUUAUGUAAAGAAAAUAUGUGGUUUGAAAACAAAACUUCAACAUUUUGUGGAACUCCUGAAUUUAUGGCUCCUGAAAUUGUUGCAGGAAAACAUUAUGAUCGUAGUGUUGAUUGGUGGGCUUUUGGAGUUUUAUUAUUUCAAAUGUUAUUAUGUCAAUCUCCUUUUAAAGGUGAUGAUGAAGAUGAUAUUUUUAAUGCUAUUGAACAUGAUGAAGUUAAAUAUCCAAUAAGUUUAUCAAGAACUACUGUAUUAAUAUUACAAGCUUUAUUAACAAAAGACCCUUUACAAAGAUUGGGGUCAUCUAAGAGAGAUGCAGAAGAAAUUAUGGAACAUUCAUAUUUUCAAGAUGUUAAUUUUGAUGAUGUUUUAAAUUGUCGAAUUCAACCUCCUUAUAUUCCUGAAUUAAGUUCAGAACAUGAUUAUUCAAAUUUUGAUCAAGAAUUUACUUCAGAAACUCCAAGAUUAACCCCUGUUGAAACUGUUUUAACUUCAGAAAUGCAAGAACAAUUUAGAGGAUUUAGUCAUAUUUCUGAAGGUGCCCUGGUUUAG